UGUUAGUGGAUACAUUUGUCAGAUUAGGGGAACGCAAAGUAGCUGUUAAAAGCAUCAAAAAUUUACCUUAUGAUUUAUUUGAUGAAUUUAAAGUUUCUGAGAUAUUUAGAGAGACAAUUGCACUUACAGAAUCUGCCAUUUCGUGUAAAAACGACGCAGUAAAUUUUGGUGUUCUUAAAUGUUAUGGAUUAAGUAAGGAUCCUAAUACUAAUUCUUAUUUAAUUAUUACUGAGUUAUGUAAAUAUGAUCUUCGGAAGCAAUUAGAGUUAAACUUUGGGAAUUUAGAUUGGUUUGAAAAAUUGCGAAUUCUAAUGAUGACUGCUAAUGGAUUAAAAACAAUACAUUCUGCUGGUCUUAUUCAUCGAGAUCUUCACACAGGAAAUAUUCUAGUCGGUUUUGACAAUUAUAUUUACAUUUCAGAUCUUGGAUUGUCAUGUUAUAAAGACAAGGAUGCGACAAAUUCUGUAAACUUUGACGUGUUUAUACCUAAAUGUUAUAAAGAGUUAAUGGAACAUUGUUGGGAUGAUGAUCCAUCAAAUAGGCCAGAUGUUAAUGAAUUAUAUGAAGUCUUGAGAGGAUGGUAUCUUGCUGGAACAAAUUCUAAUCAAUUUAAGGAAGCAAAUAGUAGCAAAAGUAAUAUUAAAAUAAUAAAUCCAUCGAAACAACGGCCAUGUUACAGUGAUAUAUCAAGCAACUAUACAUCAACCAACUUUAAAACAGAAUAUAUUCUAGAAGAAAUCAAGGAAACAAAAUAUCCACCACACACAUUAAACUUUUAA